AUGAUAACGACACCUGAGAAUGACGUGCAGACGUUCAUGAAACUGCCACAAAAGAAAUAUUACCGCUCUCGUGCACAUUGUAAUCCAUUGUCGCAUAAUGAUUGUUUCAACUAUCCACAGACACCGAAUCAGAUGGAUUGGACUCGACAUUAUCCGGAUAUUCAAACUCCGUAUGAAAUGAAGCUCAUUAAGUGUGUGGACUUUUUGGAUAUUGGCUGUGGUUUUGGUGGACUUACAGUAAAGCUAGCUGAGCUUUAUCCUGAAAAAUUGACACUGGCACUUGAAAUUCGUGCAAAAGUGACGGAAUAUGUGCGUUUACGUAUUGAAGCAUUACGUAAGGAGCACAGUGGUCAAUUCCAGAACGUGUCUGUGCUUCGGACAAAUGCCAUGCGCUAUUUACCUCAUUACUUUGAUAAAGGACAAAUUCGCAAGAUGUUUUUCUGCUUUCCAGAUCCACAAUUCAAGACGCGAUUACAUCGUCGUCGUAUUGUCCAUACACCAUUACUUGCGGAAUAUGCCUAUUUCUUGGCUCCUGGUGGGAUCCUGUAUACUAUUACUGACGUGGAAGAGCUACACAAGUGGCACGUGGAAAAGUGCUCAAGUCAUCCGUGUUUUACCCGUAUCAUGAACAGCGAGCUGGAUUCCGAUCCGUGUGUGAAAGCUAUGAUGGAAGAGACAGAAGAGAGCAAGAAAGUUGCUCGUGGUGGUGGCAAGAUGUACAUUGCGGUUUUCCGACGCAAGGCAAACGAGGAUGUUGCUGUUGACAACCUCUUUUGGUGA